AUGCGUACCUCGUUCGAUAGUACGGGAUGUUGCGCCACAGUCCGCCAUGCACCGGAAAGGAAACCGGAAGUCACAUCCACGGGAUCCUCCUGCAGAGCCAAGCACGAAUGGGAAAUUUUCAGCUGGGACGCGGCAAGGCCCUCACGUUUUGCGAAGGCAGCUGGAUUGCGUAAAGAAGACGACAUACCAUUCAUUAUUGACAGGACCGCCGUUCCCCCUCGUGGAUCGACAUGCGUGCUGGUACAAAUCUAUAUCUGUGCCUGA